AUGCUAUACUACGCCUUUAAACAAGACGUGACAUUGAUGCUUGAGGCGCUGUUUGAGGCCGUAGAUACAAAGAUAAUGUCUCGUAUACAAACACAAAGGCUUCAAGACCAUGAAUUGGUCCCAAAAGAGGUGAAGUUACUCGUAAGAUCUAUGUGGAAGAAACGAAGACUCGCCCAGAAAAUGUAUGAAAGCCUCAGAACUCCAAUGAUCGUGACCCCGAGAGAUGUGUUCCGAGAGUUAAUGAGAAGGAGACAGAAACGUGCCGUAUAUCAUAAUGAUGCAAUUAAGGAAGAUAAAGAAAUGACUGUGAAGAAGAUACUCAACAGUGACAGCUGGCAACAGGUGGCCACAGCGCGUGAAAGAAGAGCGGCCAGACACCAGAGCAGAGACACCAGACCAGAGAGACACCAGAGCAGAGAGACACCAGAGCAGAGACACCAGACCAGAGAGACACCAGAGCAGAAGAGACACCAGAGCAGCAAGACAGAGAGACACCAGAGACACCAGAGAGAGACACCAGACCAGAGAGACACCAGACCAGAGACACCAGAAGAGAGACACACCAGAGCAGAGAGACACCAGACCAGAGAGAGACACCCAGAGCAGAGAGACAGACACCAGAGAGAGAGACAGAGAGACAGACACCAGAGACACCAGAGAGACACCAGAGAGAGAGACACCAGAGCGGCGGUUAAUGAUGAGUAUGAUAAUGGUAUUGAAGAUGACGACGAAGACUGA